AUGAACAAAUACUUGCUAUUAGGUACGCUAUGCAGUGUAGUUUUGGCGACCGAGCUAUUUGCCAAGGAGAACAUAAACUUUGACGAUGCUUCCAUCGCAGCACACUCCAAAGAGGUGGCAGCAUCCGAUAAAAAGAAAGACGGCGUGGACAAAGAUAAAAAGAAGCCGGAAGACAAUCCAAAGCCGUCUUCUCGAUUUGCGUUUUUGAACAUUUUCAACAGGUCAUCGACAAACAACACGUCAGCCACAAAGAUAGACGCCACGAGCUCAGAAAGCUCCAAAAAUGAAAGCACAAAGAGCGUGAAAACAAGCAAUGAUACCACUGAAAAAGAGGAUGAAAAAGAAGAAAAAGAGAAAGAGAAAGAAAAGGAAAAGGAAGAAGAAGAAAAGGAGAAAGAAGAAAAACUAUCCAAGUCAUCCAAGUACAAGAAAACAUCAACCACUAAACUAUCCAUAAAAUCAUCUACUAGGCCAUCAACCAAGACAUCGAGCAAAGAUCCAAAGAGCACUUCAGUGGUAAAGUCGUCAUCAGCAGAAAAACCAACUUCUGUGAAAACAAAGACAGUGACAAUCACUGAGCUAAGAGUGAUCACCAUCUACAAGCCUCUUUCACCACGCGCAACUUCUGCGCCCAAGGAAGAAAGCUCUCUGCUGUCAGGGCCAAAGAAGCUGGUGAAGGUGGCCAAAGCCUCCAACACCAGCACAAACACCAGCAGUCUGGAGACAAAUGAAAAGAUAACCGAAAAAGUGAUGAAAAACAACCAGAAAACGCUUGAUAAUCUGAAGAAACAGAAGGAAGAAGCAACCAAAAAACUCGCUUCAUUGGAGAAAGACCUGGCAGAGAUAGACCAGGUCAUUGCAGUCACAGAAAAGCAAAAGAGUCUGCAGCAAGAGUCUGUGCAGGAAAACAAGUCGGCUCUGACAGCUGAACAGAAAGCCUUCAAAAACAAACAGAAAGAGGCCCAGAAGAAGAUAAAGUCUCUUGAAAGCAACAUAGAAAAAGACGAAAAGAAGAUAGAAAGCAACAAAAACAAGAAAAUAGAUCUGCAGAGCGACAUAGACAUAGCAAAGAAGCAAACAGAGCAUCUUGACAAAACAGAAAAAACCGUUGCAGGAGUUGUGAAUGAAAAUACGACUGACAUCAUAAAAGACCUGAAGAAAGAAAACAAGGAAACACAAAAGAGCUUGAAAAACGAAACAUCAGUGGCUAACAAAGAGCAGAAGAGCCUAGAGAAAGAGAAGAAAAAAGAGCAGAAGGACAAUGAAAAAAUAAAAGAGGACAAAAAAGAAAUAAAGAGCGAAAAAGAAAAAGAGGAUGAGCUGAUCAAAGAAUUAAAAGAGAAUGAAAAUCUUCUUUCAAAGAAGUCCAACGCAUCUGGAAUACAGAGAAGAGGGCUCUUUCUAUCAGACCUGCCAAACCAGCAGAAUACCAUGCCCACACAAAUGCCCCAGCAGACAGGAAACAACCCCCUAACUCCAAGCUCCAGUGCCAACAGCCCAAGGCUGCCAGUUCCACCCUUUGCACAGAACUUCACAAAUGGCCAUCUGGUUGUAAGCGGCUCUCCCAUAACAAACAACAAAGAAAGCAUUGCAAAGGCACAGAGCCUGUUCAAGACUUCGCUAGAAACAGCCACAGGCAACGCAAAGCCAGGAGAGAAAGUCCUUGCUUUCUGGGGAUACAUCACUUCUCUUCUUUCAGCUGCCCAUCAAUAA